UAUGACUGUCAUUGGAAUUAAAAUAAAAUACAAAAAUGGCCGCGUUUGGUAUGUGCGAAACCCCCGGUUGCAAAUCUAUUGCACAAUUACAAUGCCCGACGUGUAUUAAACUUGGUAUACAGGGCUCAUUCUUCUGCAAUCAGGAUUGUUUCAAGAAAUCGUGGAAAACUCACAAAGUUAUCCAUUCGUUGGCGAAGGGCGAGUCGACAGAUGGCUCGAAGGUCGAGUACAAUCCUUGGCCGUCAUACAAUUUCUCGGGGAAGUUGAGGCCUUACCCGCCGGGGCCGAAGCGGACGGUACCACCGCAUAUAGGUCGCCCAGACUACGCUGACCACCCGACCGGUUUCCCCGCGUCUGAGAACGCUGCGAAGGGCUCUGGACAGAUUAAAGUGUUAGACGAUGAAGAGAUCGAGGGUAUGCGCGUCGCCUGCCGCUUGGGAAGAGAAGUGUUGGAUGAAGCUGCAAAAGCUUGUGCGGUUGGUGUGACAACCGAUGAGAUUGACCGUGUCGUCCACGAGGCCAGCAUUGAGAGAGAAUGCUAUCCAAGCCCGCUCAACUACCACAACUUCCCUAACAGCUGCUGUACUUCUGUUAACGAGGUUAUCUGCCACGGGAUACCAGAUACCCGUCCGUUGGAGGAUGGUGAUGUCUGCAAUGUAGACGUAACAGUCUACCACCGAGGCUUCCACGGAGACCUCAAUGAGUCCUUCUUCGUAGGCAAUGUGCCCGAAUCAACUCGGAAACUGGUCCAGGUGACCUACGAGUGCCUGAUGAAGGCCAUAGACAUUGUGAAGCCCGGUGAGAAGUACCGUGAGAUUGGGAAUGUGAUACAGAAGCAUGCGCAAGCCAACGGGUUCAGUGUAGUUAGGAGUUACUGCGGACAUGGAAUACAUAGGCUGUUCCAUACCGCGCCUAAUGUCCCACAUUAUGCCAAAAAUAAAGCAGUAGGCGUGAUGAAGCCCGGACACUGCUUCACGAUCGAGCCAAUGAUCAACGAGGGCAGCUGGCGUGACGAGCAGUGGCCGGACCACUGGACUGCCGUCACCGCCGACGGCUCGCGCUCUGCUCAGUUUGAACAAACCCUGCUAGUAACGGAGACCGGGUGCGACAUCCUCACCGCGCGCGGCACCGGCCGACCCUGGUUCAUGGAUCAGCUGGAGAAACUCAACGCCAACUCUUAGUCUAUCCACAAGCCAGUUCUGAAAGUCAGUAUGUCUACAUUUGAUUUUGGACCGUAAUACCAUGGGGUUAAGGUGAGUUUUUGUUUUAAAUACAAUCAAGCAAAGUAUUACAAGAUAUUAGUAGCGAGGCGUCUUCAACUCUUCAUAUACGGGGCUGGAGAUAUCUUUAAUAUCACAUUCGAUUUCGGACCGUAAUUCCAAACAUUUAAGGUGCGUUAUUGUUUUAUAAACGACCGCAGAUGUUUUAGUAGUAAGGGGUACAGUCAACCAAUUUGAUUGAAUAAAUGUAGUGUUCUGCCAUUUUGAAUAAUUUCCAAAGAUGGAAUCUUAGACAUAAUUAUCUAUUUAAUUAUCGAACCUGAUCACAAAAUUUCACGAGAAUUGGUUGAGAAUUGCGACCUGUAUAGUUCGUUUUUUUUAGCAUUAGAAAUUUAAUAAGGUGAACAAUCUUGAUGUGUCUUUUAAUUGAAAAACACAUUUCAAAAAUAAGUUACUGCAAAUAUGUAACAAUUAUGAAUCUAAUACGUUCAUUUAUAUUCUUCUGCUUUCAUAAGUAAUAGUUUUUGAUUUUUAAAAAGCGUUUUUCAAUUACAAGUUCUUCUUGCAAGUUCUUUCUAAUGCUAAAAAAAACUAACUAUAGAGGAGAACAUCCGGACAUACAAAAGCAUUUUCCCCAAGCUAAAAUUGAGACCCUCGCUAACGCUCGGUCAAAAAGCAAGUAUUUUAACACAUUCAGCGCCAAGAACCCGACUGUCGGGUACACUGUUCGUAGCGACUACGCGCUCCAUACGGCGAAGACGUGGCUACGCGCUACGAGCGUAACCCGUAGCACUUAGUGGCAAUGAAUGUGUUUUAUGUGUUAUUAGUAAUAACACAUAAUUAUUAGACAUCUGACUUUUGGAACAUGAUUGUCAAGUAUCUUUAAUCGAGCAAUAUCACGUACAAUCUAAUCUUGGCCGUAAGUCCUCUGAGU